UACAGCACAUCAACCCCAGCUGCCCGUCACAAGAGGCUGCAAGCCGCCUUCCGGCACGCCCCGCCCCGCUGCUGACGUUGGGGCGGGGCGGCAGCGGCAGCCAUGGCGGCGGCCGUGGUUCCGCAGACGGACAGCAUUCGCAGGGCCGUGCUGCUGCUCAACGCCGUGGAUUCGGGUCGGUUCCCGCGCCUGCUGUCCCGCUUGCUGCAGAGAUUGCAUCUGAAGGCUGAAACCAGCUUCAGUGAAGAGGAGGAAGAAAAACUCCAGAUAGCUUUUUCACUGGAAAAGCAAGAUCUUCAUCUAGUUCUUGAAGCCAUAUCAUUUAUUUUGGAGCAAGCUGUUUAUCACAAUUUGAAGCCUGCUUCACUGCAACAACAGCUGCAGAGCAUCCACCUGGACCAAGACAAAGCUGAGGCAUUCGCUAGUGCAUGGGCAGCUGCGGGUCAAGAGACAAUUGAGAAGUUCAGACAGAGGAUUUUGACCCCUCAGAAGCUUGAAACAGUUGGUUGGCAGCUUAAUCUUCAAAUGUCUGCAUCCACGCAAGCGAAGCUGAAAUCUCCUCGAGCUGUGCUGGAGCUGGGUGUGAGCAAUGAAGACUCAAAGGUAGGACAAAUGCAUUUGACAAAAUUGGAGCCUUCUGUGGUGUCUCUCAGACUGUUAAGCAAUGGAACAGUCAGUACAAAAGAGAAGAAUCAGAAAUUCAGCUUGUGUGUUGCAUUUAAAUUGAGGUAGUUUUACUAAUGCCAGUGGAAUUCCCGAUGUGUAGUAGAAUACAAGAGAAUACACCGCUUGUAUUUGUGCUUUUUGUCAGGGCUUUCAGUAGAGUUCACUGCAGUCUAUUUUUUUGAGAAGUACAUCCAGGAACCAAACAGUAUUUUAUGCCCAAGCUGCUCUGAGGAGUGCUGCAUAGAGGUUCCAGUCUGUGACUGUAAUUAUAACAACAUGAGAAAGAUGUGGCUUCCAUUCCAAGAUGUGGCAGAGAUAGUUCACUUAUUUCCUUUACGAACAGAAUUUGGCAAGUGGAUUUUUUAAAUUUAUUUUUGUGAGUGUAGCUAUUUACUUAUGUCAGAAUUAAUUUUCAAUGAUUACAAGCCUAAAGUAGGCUUGUACCUGGCUUCUAGACAGAACAGUGCAACAUGAAGAGCAUCUUGUUGAUGAAACACGUUUCAACACUAAAAUUCUAGUGUAUCUGUUACGAAGGUAACUGUUGAUUUGUUUUGGGUGAUUGAUGACAUUCUGAAAGAGAGCAGGUUUAAAAUUGGAUAAUAUGUGCCCAUAAGCAGAAGAGUUGAAGGUGAUUGAUUUUUGUGCAGUGUUUGGUAUCACUGUGAUGCUUUUGUGCAUGGAGCAUUAAAUUAUCUGGAAAUCUAGGUACUUAUUUUCAUUUUUCUCCCUAAACUUAUGUAUGUGCCUUUUGAACAAAAAAUUUGCAUGAGCUUAGUUUACAGGUUCAUAAUGAUUGUCUUCAUUUUGCACAAACCUUUUGUAUGAAAUUACUCAUGGUUAGAAUAAUGUCAUUUUUUUUCAAAUGUAAAGGAAAACGAUGUUGUAGAAGUGCUUUUGUGGGGUUGGCUCAUUAGGGGGCAGUGCUGCUCUUUGUCACAGAUUUCCAGCUCUGAAUGUUUUCGGAUAAUACUCACAAUCAGUUCUGAAGGUAGUGGCUGUGGAAGGCACUAAGGGUUUACGUUUCUGAUCUAUGUAUAACAGUAGAAGUUUGUCCUGUCAACUUACAUAAUUAGAACCUGUUUAAAAAAAAAAACUGAGCAAAGUAAAUGAAAUUUGCCACUAUUUCUACUAAUUGAAAGUAAUUUAUAUUAAUAUGCUAAUGUUUACUGCAAGUAACUACAGUUAAGGACCAUUUAAACUUUUUUUUCUCAGAACCUGACAUUUGAAAUAGGUGUUAGUAGUGUCGAUCAGAAAAUGUGUGGAUAUACUGAUGAUAUUUGAGCUUCAUGUAACGAGUCAGAGGAUCCGGUACUUGAGAUAGGUAUCUCAUGUAUACAGAAAUACAGAAGAGUUACAGGUAUUAUAAUUUUGGAAUUCAUAAUAAAAUUGGGCUUUGUUUCUUUCAGGUGAUUUAAGCUGCUGGUUACAUUUGCAUUGCCCAGUAAAUGCUCUGCUUGUGGUUAGUAGUAAUUGCCAUAGAUCAUGUGAUCUUUUCUGAAGACAUUCUUGAUUGUAAGAAUUUGCUGUUUGUUUGUGCUUGGAUGUUGAAUUCCUUUUCUUCUGGAUCUAAUGUACGUUUUACAUAGGUGAUGCAGAGCUUGCCAUCAUAAGGGUGUUUAAGCAGUGGAAUGAGAGGCUGCAUAGCUGGAGUUGUGGGAUGAUAACAGUCUGACCCAGGCGUGCAUCCAGCCCUGCUGCAGGGGGUUCAGGGGAGCUGCCAAACCCUGCGUCCCAAACCAAGUUGUUCUGUGAUUAUAAACUGCUGCACAGCUUGGUUGUUGAUGAAAUCAUAGAAUGGCCUGGGUUGAAAAGUGCCACAGUGCUCAUCUAGUUUCAACCCCCCCUUUUAUGUGCAGGGUCACCAACCACCAGAGACCAGGCUGCCCGGAAAUUUGGCAUGAGAGGAGAAAAAAGCAAGCUGUGAUUAAAAAUGCAAUUAACACCGCUUAACUACAAUGAUUCAGAAUUUAUAAUGUUUAAUAGCAUUUCUAAAUCUGACAGAAUGGAAACAGGCUAGUAUGAUAGGGAAGUUGCUUUUGUUUCCAUUCUUGUAUUUAAGCAAAUGAAGAGAACGUUUAGAAAAUAGCCAGUUGCAAACUGAUGUGUUUGCUUUUGGAUGUGUAUGACUGUUCUCUUUGACUGUGUAAUUAGGUUUCAAGUUUGCCGUUGAGCUGCAGCACUAGCGGGAUCAUUUUUUGGCUGUAAGAUGAAGUAGCCAGUAGAGGGCGUAGAAAUUAAUCCUGGUAAUGUGCACCAAUUAUGAUGUAGAUUUGCAAACAAAGACUGAUCCAGAAAAGUGCUGUGUAGAUUAGCAUCUCUGUUUGUCCGAAUGGUUUAAUAAUGAUCUGUGUAGGCACACAGUUGUAUGUUCUUUCCCACUGUUCAUACAGCAGUUCCGUGGGCCAUCUAGGAAAAGAGUUUUCUGAGCAGCUAGAGCAAUUCCCCACAGCCACAGAAGCCGUAUGCAAAACUGGUAGAGCUUGUACAAAAGGUCUGUGGGCUUCAGAAAUGUCACAUUAUCUGUGCAGAAUAACUUCCCAGAGAAAUGUGACGAGUAAGAGAGUGUUCUGCUGUACUUGUUCAUUAGGAAUAUGAAGUGAGAUACUUUAUCAUGUAAGAUAUUCACUAUUGUGCAUUUUUACAAAUUAUGUAUAGCUUGCAUUUAUGCUUGAAAGUUGCUAGGAUAAAUUAGCUACUGUUGCCUAGUGUUGUCUCUCAGGUCUUUUUUGUAAACUGGCUUCAUUAAAUACUCAAAUUUAAUCACAGUUUUUCCUAUGGAAGGUAUUGCUCUUCUUUUUUCCCUCUUCCUUAUUUUUGUGUACAGUUUCCUUUUUAACCAUUAAGGACUUCCUGAUAGCCUGCCUUUGAGGGAGUUAUUUUUCCUUUGAGUGGGAAUGCUAUGAAUAGAUUCCUUCUGAGAGUUCAUUACUGUUUAUUGUAUUUCUUCUUUAUUCUGACAUCUGAAGAAUGUUGUGAUGUUUUGUGUGCCAGUGCAAGACAAAAAUUAUAAAAGUGCUGCUUUAUUAAAUCUGCCAAUGCAAUACUUCUGACACAAGGCACAUGAUAUUAAAAUAUUACUGGAAUCAUUUGAAUUUAUUUCAUUUUAAUUUCUCUUGAAUCUCUGGAUACUCUAAAAGGAGAGAAUGACUGUAGAAAUAUUUGAAACUGUUUCUUUUUCCUUUGCAACUGUUUACUGAAAAUAAAAAAAAAAUUAUAACAGAUAUUUGUUCAACAGAGGAUAUGGAAGUCUGGACAUCUUAAAUUACUUUUUUACUUUCUGAAGUGAGGGGCCCCGACUUUCUCUUCUUCUAUCCCCUUGUAAUUUUAACAGACUUUCUGUGUGGUCAGGACUGUGAACAACUCUAGGCCUUAGAUGUAUUGCUCUGUCGACUUCAGUAAGUGUGCUGCUUAUCUUUCGAAGCUUGUCAUUGUGAGUGUUUUCCUCAUCUUUAACAGCAGAGCAGAGUAAAUGAGAAGCGAAGCUUUUCUUCCAGUUGAGCUAGGUCUAUCCAUCAGCCCAGGCAGCAGAUUCAGUGCAGCCUGUAUAGCAUACAGGCAGGACCUGCACUUUUGAUGGAUGCUUAAGGAAGCAUGAUGGUGCUUCCACUUCCCCCUCAGUUUAACCCUCAUCGUUCUGACAGGGAGCAGCGUUGGCAGAGUGGCACAUUCCCACUCGAUAGGCAGGAGGAGCAGCACUGGGCAUCUGUACAUUGAUGCAUUCCCAGCAUUUGUCCUUCUCAGGCCUCUGCUUUCAGUAUGAAUGCAUUUAGAUAAUUAUUUUUUUUCUCCGAAAUAGAGAAGUAAUUUGUCAAGUCUUGGGGGGGAAAAAAAAGGGCAGGGUGCAAUUAGAAGACUCAGUGGUGUUGGAGGCAUUAUGAUGAAUUACAAACACUAAGUUGUAACUUGCUUCUUGUGUUCAUCAGCCGUUUUCUGUUCUGAUUAAGGUAUUACCCCUUUCUUUCUCAGCAAACAAGGAAGCUUGCAUGUACAUACUUGACGUGAAUUCAGUGUUCACGUAAUGCAGAUUUGCAAGUCUCCAGCAAUUGCCAAAAAAAUAAGUAGGACAGGUUACUGUCUGAAUGCAAAAACGUUUGAGAGUGAGAUUCGAGAGGUUUUUUUUCAUUCCAGUUGAGAUAAGUGAAGGCCUAGAUGGCUUCAGAUAGCAGAUUCGGUCCUGGUCACAGUCUUUCUGAACUUCCAUAUACAAGUGAGAUUGCUGCUUUUGGCAAGGAAGAUUAUGAAACCAAUUUCGUUCUUAGAACUAAAAUCUAAUGAAUGCUCCUGCUGAUAAGAAAGCAGAAGCUUCCUUAGGACAAGGUUUCAGAAUACUGGGAGACGUCUUCAUAUUUCUAGGAGCUGUGGUGAUAAUGGUUGUAAA